UAUUUUCUUUUCAUUACAGGUAUUUGGUGUUUUGGGGACUGCCAAGGAGUAUUGGUUGUGAACUGAUUAGAUAUUACCUCAAACUUUACCAGGAUCAGAAUUGUCCACUACCAAUCCAGCAAUGGGGUUGAUCAGAUGGACCAUCUCUCUACGAAACGUUUUCAACACUGCCUUCAUCAUUGCCAUCGGUUGUGGUGUCCUGCUACAGGUCAGAGGACAAACCAUGGCGACAGAAGAGGAGUCUGAGCUUGAUAGCAACGGUCCGGUUUUCGGAGUAGAGCAUAAGAAUGCGGACCAGAAAGAGAAGCAUUUGUCAGUAGCAUAUGAUUGCAUGAUCAGAGAACUUGUCGAAAAGCCCCCGGACGACGGAGUGUAUUGCAAUCUUACUUUUGACUACUUUGACUGUUGGAACUAUACAUUGGCGGGAGAGGUCGCUGUUCAGCCUUGUCCGUGGUGGAUCCCAUCAUCUGAUUCUGAGCGAAAUGCGACCAAAAUCUGCAUGCCAAACGGCGAAUGGUAUGUAAACCCUUUUACAAACCAAACUUGGACCAACUAUUCAGCUUGUCAUCAUCCUGUCAAAGAAACCAAUGUGAUGAUUGUUUUCUACGUUGGAUACACCACUUCCAUCAUAGCGCUAUCGAUCGCUUUGUUCAUCUUCUUCCACUUCAAAUCGCUGAGCUGCCCUCGAGUGACGAUCCACAAGAAUCUCUUCUUUUCCUUCAUUUUUGACGCUCUUUUUCAAAUCACUUUCUUCGCCCUGGUCGCUAGCAACAAGGAAGUUAUUCAGAAUGACGGGGCAUAUUGUAAGGUUCAUAACGUCUUAAAGCAGUAUUUCCAGCUAUGUAAUUAUUUUUGGAUGCUGAGCGAAGGUCUUUAUCUCCAUACUGUGAUUGUAGUCGCUGUUUUCUCGGCAGAAAAUCACCAACUUGUUCCAUACUUUAUCAUUGGAUGGGCAAUUCCUAUUGUCCCAGCGAGUCUGUAUGCCGGAUUUGUAGCACAUUAUCCUCCCGGACCGUGCUGGGUCGGGGGCACAGUCUUCGAAUGGCUGAUAGCAGGAUUCGUCAUUUUUGUACUUGCGGUAAAUCUAAUCCUUUUAUUAAACAUUGUGAGAGUUUUAGUGACCAAACUACGAGCAACGCCUAUGGCUGGAUCAAAGAAUUAUACACGAGCUGUUAGAGCAACCCUCAUUUUACUACCCCUCCUCGGUCUUCAUUAUAUCAUCCUACCCGCUGCUCCUCCCCCUGGGCUUGCCGCAGACAUCUACUCCUACGUCAUGGCUCUCAUUCUCUCGUUUCAAGGUCUGUUCGUGGCUUGCAUUUUCUGCUUCUUCAACGGCGAGGUAAUGCAAACCGUGUCUAGGUGCCUCAAUAAUUUUGCCCUGACACACACCUCUUCUUCUCUCGGUUCGGCCGCCUGCCCUCCCCGUCAUACCAAAGUCAAAAUGCAAGUAAGGCGAAAGUGGUUUGCUCACCAUUGGUGGCGGAGAGACAGUGAUUUUAGAGGGCGCUAUGCCAACACCACCACAGUCACCGAAGCCUGUACUGUCACCGCACCCGUUAACAACCGGAUAAGCAGCGGUGACCAGGGCUGCCCUCUCCUCAAGAAAUCCCCAAAUUUUAUCGGCAACGGUGCCAUGCCCGGCGGAAGCCAACGAAGCAGUUGCAGCAGCGGCGGCAGCCUGGCGGUCAAGUACCGACCCGGAAGUGGCGCAAGUACAGUUUCAAAGACACCCGAGAUCGAGGAAAUCCCGGAGGUGAAAGUGGAAAAUUAUUCGUACAAAAUGAAUGGUGAUAUUGGAGACAAUGCUGCGAUGGAGGACGACUUAGUCGAUGUUGUGUCCCCUCUGAUGGAAAGUGUUGAAUUAAAUACGAGAACGACUGAAGUAUAGACAUGCUGGACGGAAGGACAGGUGGGAAAUUUUGGUUAAUCAAACGCAUGAUGUUGUGACAUUCGUUUAUCUGCCUCUAGUCACGUGAAACUAUCGGAGCUGGCGAACAACUUUUGAACCGUGAUUAUCGAGAAAAGCCUUCAUACAUAUACAUAGUAUACAUAUACAAAUAUAAAUAUUUAGUAGCUGUGACUCUUGGAACAUUGUGGUGCUGUGCAUCACAUCUAACUGGUAGUUUAUCUGACUUAUAGAUUGCAUUAUUUACUUAGGUAAAGAUUAAAAGUUUCGAAGUUCUAAGAACAUGGAAUGAAUCCGUAGAGUAAUAUUUAACUAUGUCCUUUACCAUAUCAUUGUAAAAAUAAGUGUAGAUUUGUUCCGUUGGAAGGGACACUUGUUGAUUUUGUUUAAGAAACAAAAUUAUUGUGAUAAAAGUUUAAACUUUUGUUCGUACUCCAUGUGCAAGCUUCUUCUAAGGCUGUACCUACAACGGUGCACAAAAGUUAGUCCACUCCACAAGAAAAUGAACAUAUUGAAAGUGUUCAAGUUCUGCAAUGUUUUAGAUAUUCAAUAGUGAAUUUAGGUGAUAAAACGUUACGUUUAAUAGAGUUUCUUUAUCUGGGCAUGCCGAAUAUUGUACGUGCUGCGGUCUACGUUUUACACUCAGCAUGAAGAAGUGUAUUUGUAGAGAAGUUCAACAGCUUUCAGGCUAUAUGUAAUCUGAUGAAUUUCCCAGAACGUCUAGCUAUGUAUCUUCCAAUGUCCAUUCGAAAUUACUAAAACCGAUGAGAAAUAGUUUAUUUAAUUUGUUAGGUUUUAUAUGCAUGUGCGCGCGCGCAAGAUUGACUCCUUGUUCUUUUAGUUGUUCGAUAUUGCGUUAUUUAUGGAAUUAUUUCC